AUGUCUGUACCACCAACCAUACCAGGCACUGGUGCCACCACGCCCAGCGGUCGUCGUCCCGAAGUUGAGCUCACUGACCAAACGAAUCGACUACCCUUCAAGAAGCUGCUGCCCAUAUUCCUCGGGCUAGCCCUUUGUGUAGUCGUUUCCACACUCGACUCGGUCAUCGUCGCCACAGCUUUACCGACAAUAUCCUCGGCAUUCAACGCGGGCUCUGUCGUCUCAUGGGUCCCAUCAGCGUAUCUGUUAACUUCGACAUGUUUCCAGCCGCUCUACGGAAGAUUUUCUGAUAUAUUCGGCCGUAAAAGCGCGCUUUCGCUCGCUAUGGCGCUCUUCAUGUUCGGCAACCUCAUUGCAGGCUUUUCCAAGACUAUAAUCCAGAUGAUCAUCUUCCGAGGAAUCGCUGGGGCUGGUGGUGGUGGUCUCGUCAGUAUGAUGCAGAUUGUAGUUUCAGACAUUGUCAGUCUUCGCGAAAGAGGGAAGUACCAGGUGGUCGCUAUUGGCUAUGCAAUCGGACCAGUAAUCGGAGGAGCACUUGCACAGAGUGUCGGUUGGAAAUGGUGCUUCUGGGUUACUAUUCCCGUGUCGUUUGUCGCAACUUGUGUGGUUGUGUUCAUACUCCCUCUUAAGCCAGUACAUGGGGAGAUAUGGUCAAAACUCCGUGCUAUCGACUAUUUCGGGACAUUCCUCACUCUUAUUGGCUGCACUCUGCUUAUCCUGCCUCUUAUUUGGGGAGGUGUUGUUUUCCCUUGGAAGUCUUCUAUUGUCCUUGCACCACUCAUGUCCGGCUUCGUUGUGGUUGCGAUCUUCUGUUUCUGGGAGUGGAAAGGCGCAAGGCUGCCGAUCGUGCCGAUGUAUAUUUUCAAACAUUCAACAGUAACUGGCGUUUUCAUCGCCAUGUUUGUCAAUGGCUUUGUGUUUUUCUCGACAUUGUACUAUCUGCCGCAGUUUUUCCAAGUCGCCCUCGGUUACAAUCCUCUGCAUGCUGGUCUUUUCCUCGUGCCUCUUUUAGUCACACAAAUAAUAGCAAGUUGGUGUGCGGGUAUGAUGGUCAGUAGAACGGGCCGUUAUCGGGCCAUCAUUAAUGUCGGCUUUGGUGUUUGGUCCGUUGCUUGUGGGUUGAUCUCUACUGUUCGACCUGGAUCUCCAAAGGCAGUUCUUGUCAUAUAUAUGAUGCUGGCUGGGCUUGGGGCGGGAGGGACGAUGCAAACAACGACGGUUGCUGUCCAAGCCAGCGUUUCUCGGCGAGAUAUGUCGGUUGUUACUGCGAUGCGGAACUUCAUCCGACUUCUUGGGGGCACUCUUUCGCUCGCCGUUGCCUCUACGCUCGUAAACAACAAACUCCGCGCCUCUCUUGCGUCAUUUUCCAUCCCAUCUUCGACCAUCACACAGGUCAUCGACGACCCUGCUCUCUUGCACAUGCCUAACACCAUUAACAUAUCUGAAUCUACCGCGCAUUCGGUCCUUUACGACGGUUAUACGAAGGGCUUUAGCGCGCUUUUUGAGAUGGACGCGGCGUUUACCGUCUUCGCGACCGCUGUUAGCGUGUUACUCAUUAAGCACAAAGAGCUGACGAGGGGUGAUGAUGAAGCUCUUCGGCAGCAGGCCAUACAAGAAGCCUUGGAGCAGAAGAUGGCAAAGAAGGCAGGGAGGAGCGGGACUGCAACCCCGAUGCCAAGGGAGUUAGAGAGCGGUAUGGCGACCCCUGCGCCGGAAGCCACACUUGUUGGCCACGAGAGAUCUGGGGAGAGCAUAGAAAUGGCCCAUGUCAACAAACGCUUGAAUGAAGCGAGCGGUUAG